GUCACCACCACCCGAAGUCUUCGAACGCUUCUCCCUUUUCUCCCCUCCCCUUGUUGUAAUCUUCUUCUCUCUAUCUGCCUCAUUCGCACUCACGCUCUCGCUUUGUUGUUUCUCUGGCUUUCUUUUUUUCUCUUCUCCUUUGCUUUUGCUGCUCUUGUUACGUUUCUCCCUUCUUUAGGUGACAGAGUCUUGUACCUCCAAUCGGGCCUCUUCUGCUUUCUUAUUCUCGGCUUGCUGGCCGUAUCAAUCCCCAAUUGUUCACCCCCUUCCGGACCCUCCCUGGUCGAGUCUUGCAGUCCUCCAGUUUAAUUGUGAGCCAUGGCAUCCGCAAUUCAGUCCCCAACUCCAAAGCUGGACCGAUACAUUGUGAUCCAUGUUUCCACCACCUGUGAUGAGCAUGGCGUCUAUGUCACCAAGGAUUCGGCAGAAGUUAUCGAGCUGGGAUGGAUCUUACUGGACACAAAGUCUUGUGAGGAGCUCCACCGAGAGAGUGUUCUCGUCAAGCCAAUCAACACUCCCAUUACACCACUCUGCACGAGCCUGACCACUCUUACAUGGGAGCAUGUUCGCUCUGCAGGCACCUUCCGGGAUGCGAUCAACCGUUUUGAUGCCUUCGCACAGGAACACCUCCUGUCCAAGAACCUCGAGUUCGCCUUUGUAACAUUGGACUCAUGGGAUAUGCGUGUUCAGCUCCCUCGCGAGGCCCGGGACAAAGCCGUUGUCCUUCCUCCUUACCUUCAGCAUUCCCGGACUUUUGACUUGCGGACGGAAUAUCAACGCUGGCAGCAGCAUCAUCCGGAAUCCCUUCCGUUCGGCCCUAGUGACCUUUCCAAUAUCUGUGCUGCUUUGGAGGUGGAGCCCGUUCAAUCUUCUGCUCCCAUUAAGCACAACCUCCCGUUCCACCUUCAAGCAUUGGCCCCUGCAUCACCACGUCGUGCAAUGGAGGAGGUUAUUACCUUGGCUCGAGUUCUCCGUGGCCUGAUCCGCAAAUCGCAGCCACCUCACGAGCACCCCGAGAUUCUGACCCGUCCAAUGGAUGCUAGAGCUGACGUCCGUGCCUUUUUGGCGGAGCGUAGCAAGGUUUUACACAUGAGUGGACUGCCUCAUGACACUACUCAGUCGGAAUUAGAGAGCUGGUUCACCCAAUUUGGUGGACGUCCGAUUGCGUUUUGGACCCUCCGAACCCCAGAUCAGCACAAGCCAACAGGUACUGGCUUCGCUGUGUUUUCAUCUCACGAAGAGGCCGCUGAAAGUCUUUGCAUGAAUGGACGGGCGUUGAAUGAGAGGGCGAUUGAGGUAUCACCUUCAUCAAGUAGGGUCCUUGAUCGGGCUGCCGAAAUCCUUACGCCUUUUCCGCCAAGCAAGAACCGUCCUCGUCCCGGAGACUGGACUUGUCCAUCGUGUGGAUUUUCCAACUUUCAGCGUCGCACGGCUUGCUUCCGCUGCUCGUAUCCUGCCAUUGGUCCUGGCCCUGAUCCAAUGGGAUAUGCCUAUGGAUAUGGUCCGCCAAGUAUGCUUCCUCCACCCCACCAUAUGGGUCACCAUGGUGGCCAUGGUAUGGGACAUGGUAGAGGCAUGGGAGGUAAUGGAGGAGUGGUCCCGUUCCGUGCUGGUGAUUGGAAAUGCGGUGCCGAAGGUUGCGGCUACCACAACUUUGCUAAAAACAUCAACUGUCUCCGAUGUGGUGGCCCUCGCUCCGGUGCAGCAGUCGUGGCAGAUUCUGCUUUCCCCUCUCCAAUGGACCCGUCUUCCAACUUUGGUAUGGGACCUGGAUCCAUUAGCAGCGCCCCUGGAGCCGCUCCGUUCCCGUCUACUGGAGCGGGCUUCGGUGGAUUUGGUCAACAGUUUGCCGCUCCUCCAACCACGUACGGGUUGCCAGCAGGGCUUGGAGCUGCACCCGGACCCUAUCCUCCAAUGGGUCAAAUGAACACCGGAUAUGGAUCUGGCGGAGCCUCUCAUUCUGCCGCCUCUUUCGGCAAUCCUGCUACCCAAGCUGCUUUUACAGGGGCCGACCAAGUGCAGCAGCCCGUUGGGACCUCCAACGGUGGCUUUUAUAAUAACGACUCCUCUGCCGACCCUUUUGCCUUCCUCUCCACUGGUCUCGGCGGACUGACAGUCGCAGACGAAACACACGGACGCAGGAAUGGCACCGCCAACAGCAAGUCCCCGGCGUAAUUCGCUACUAAAAACUUUCAUCAAACGAGUAUCUUGGCCAGACGAUAUAUUGGCUGAUAGCAAACGUCUUGCAUUCCUUCCUGCAACUCGUUUCCAUUAAUGAACGAUAUGGACGACAGCCUGAAGUGUCUCAGGCCGAGGCGGCGAUGCUGUUGCUUGAGAAGCCAAACCGCCAAUAAAUAUAAGCCAAUCUUUAGGGACUCCUGCACGUGUUGCCCCGGCACAACCCUUUUCUCUUUUUCUCAGUUUCUACUUGUGUAUUUUUCUUCUUCUGUUAACCCUUCUGUUCCAAUCCUUAUACUUUCGCUUCCCUUUCUCCAGUCAUUGUGGUUGCGCUUCUACGGGCUGGGGCUGCACUAUUUCCGAUGUAACGGAAGCUUUCAGCAUGGUGUCGUUCAGGAAUGCCUUUUCAAAGCAGAUCUCCAGUCGGCCGCGUCGUUACCAUCGUCAGCAUAUUGAGCGAUAACGGACUUGCUUCGGGUUUAUUUCACGGUCGGCAUUGCUAAAUCGAACUUUACGGCUUUAAUUACUUUUAUCAGGUUGGAAAAGCGCCGCAUCUUAUUUUGGUUAUUGCACAGAUCACCUUGUACCCAUUUUAAGCUUUUCUUUUUUUUCGUGACGCACUAUUUUUUUUAACAAAAGGGAAGCCGAAAACAAAAACUACAAAAACAAAAAGGGACAACUACAUCUGGGUACAUGGGAUAUUGAUAGAAGCGUACAAAAAGAAUGGGUUAUGGAAUUUUUUCAGCAAAAGAAAACUGGAAAAGAAAAGCAGCAACGAUUGGGAGUAUCGCGGAGGUAUUCCCCUGCCUGGAUUAUUUUCAAUCAGCGUGGUUUAGGUUGCUUUUGAAACUGUUGAUUUGUUUUCUUUUUUCUGGAGAAUGCUUGUUGAGUUGGGCAAAGCGGGCUAGCUUUUUGGUCGUUAGAUGGAGCGCUUUUUGGCCUUUUAUCGCCUGGAUCGGUAACAUAUGGGAUGGUGGGCGGUUUUGGAGUGCGGCUUGGUGGAUCCCCCUUUAUUUUUUUUACUUUUUAUUUUUUUUGUAUUUAUUUCCCUCGUAUUUCUAUUAUCCUUUUUUAUUUCUGGGUGCCGUUGCAACUAGAUAGGUUUUCAUCAAUAGUCACAGAGUCUCUUCUA